AUGUUCAAUACGUCCAAACUCGCCGAUCAGAUGGAAAAUGACAUCGAAAUGAACUCUGCAACAGUCAGUGCUAAAGUUCUCAAUAUAACACCAAAAGUUGAGGAUAUCGAAGAUUUCAAGAAGUUGUCCAUUCUGAUGAAGCCUCGUUGUAGGUCGAGCAGGAGUGUGGUGUGGAGGUUUUUUGGCACGUUGGUGUACAAGGAUGAGGCGUGCGAACCUACCGUCAUAUCAAACGAUUCCUACUGCAACUUAUGCUUCCAAGAAGGACACCUGCACAGCUACAAAUACUCAUCCAGUUCAACAAACUUGCAAAGACAUUUGAUAACUGCACAUAACAUCAGUAUGAAUGUGGACAGCAGCAAAGUCUCCACCCUGAAGGACCAGGAUUACGAGGACAGUAUGUUGCUGUUUGGCGAAUCAAGGUCAGAAGAUUUUGACAACAUGGACUCCAAAAACAUCUCAUCAACUAGUCGUGCAAUGAAAGAUUUGGAAGAAUCCAGUUCAACAAAGUCACCUGUGUUGGUAGAUCAGCAGUCUAGCAUCAUCAGCAACCUGGCAGUCAUGUGUUGCAAAGAUCUUUUGCCUUUUGAUAUCGUUGAAGGGGAGGGUUUCAAACAGCUUUUACUCAAUUUAGAGGCAGUGAAUUAUCUGCUUCUGCCUACUUCUUCAUCGAUACGUGAUGAGGUGCUUCUGAAUAUGUUCCCCGAAGCCAUGAGGAAGGUGUCAGAUAUUUUCAAGACAUCACCAUCCACCUUGUCAGUGGCAGUUGAAUCACAAGAUGGCUUGGUUUGUUCAACUUUCAGGUACUCUAAAUUCAAAUUUUACUUUUGCAACGAAGAUUUUGAGUUGGUGACAUUAUCUCUCCCACUGGUCAUACCGGGCGAUGUCAUAGUCUCAAACAUUAACCUUCUCGAGGUUUUCUGCACCGAUUACAAGCUGACUGAAAAAACAUUUUUCCUCGUCGAUGAAAGUUCUCCGGUUGACGAGAAAGUUGAUGACGUCACUGAACAGCCGACACAGUUACAUCUCGAAAAGUACUACUGUUUGAUUCACUCUUUAAACAACCUGAUUAACGUUGAUGGCCUCUCAAAAAAUGAGAACUACUUGCAAAUAUUGCGUGAAAUGAACAGCCAUUAUGAACUUAAUCAGAGGCCUCCAUUUAAAUCUCAAAAGCUAUUGAAUGCCUUCAAACAUUUAGAUCAAGUUGUUAAGAGUUGGACAGAUCUGGAUAAUUCAAAAUCAAAUGUUAAAGAAACACUGACUCAGAUGCCUUGGUACUUAUUAGAACCAAUACUUGAGUACAUUAUAAAAGACUUAAUGAACUCAAAAGUACCAGCUGAUCUAGAUGAUGAUGUUGCACAUGAAAACGUUAAAAGUUCACUAAAUAACAAAUUACAUGAUUUGAAAGGAUUAUUGUCCAUGUUUAAAAAAUUUUCGUCAGCAUUUGAAAUUUUAAACGGAAGCCUGAAUGCCAGUUGUUCUCUCAUGCUGGUACUACUUUUGAGGGUUGAAAUUGAGACCAUCCUGACGACACACGCUGAUGACGAGAGUGAAACGAUCGAAAGCAUCAAGAGAAACAUGUUGGCAUCACUGAAGAUCAGAUUUCCAAUAACGGACCUGCAUGUCUGCGCUGCACUGCUCGAUCCAUCUCAACGAAAUCUUCCUUCCAUCAGAGAAUUCCUCAACCACAACCAACUGACAUCUGUCGAGUUCCUAUCGAAAAUGGUGAAAAAAUAUGUCAAAGUCAACGAAGCUGAUGACGAAAUUGAGAAUAUAAAAUUGAAUAGAAAGGAAGCAAAAGUGGAGUUGGUUGAUUUGAACAGCUCGUCUUUGGCCGCCGACGUGGCACCGUGGAAGAAAAUGAAGCUGGAGAUUCUGGCUAGGCAGACCAACGUCAGCAAUCAAAAUUUUCUUGAAAGAGAAAUUCAAAAGUACAUCUGCCUAUUUGUGCCUGAAGAUAGCGCCAAUGACGACCCUCUGACCUGGUGGAAAGAGCAGAAAAAAUCUCUACCCAAGUUGUCGAAACUGGCAAAAAUUAUCUUGAGUCUGCCAGCUGGUUGCUGCAACAUUCGAAACGUCGUUAAAGACGAGAACGUGUGCGAUAAAAUUCAGAAACUCUCACUUGUAGGCGAUGAUUUGAAAAAAUUUCUCUUCCUACAUGAAAACUUCUCAAAUUUAUCGACGUGA